AUGAAAGAAUUAACCACAAUUUUUGUCAAACUUAAGAAGUUUGAUGGUGUGGAGUUUAGGAAAUGGAAGAAGAAGAUGUAUUUUCUUCUUACAUCCUUAAAUGUAGCCUAUGUAAUUAGUACUCCAAGGCCUAAUGAACAUGAGAAUGAGACCUUGGAAUCUGUCCGGGAAAGAUCGAAGUGGGACAACGACGAUUUCAUAUGUCGUGGUCACAUCUUGAAUGGGAUGGAGGAUGAUCUUUUUGAUAUCUAUCAAAAUGUGGAAUCAGCUAAGGAGCUUUGGGAGUCUUUGGAAAGCAAGUAUAUGGCAGAGGAUGCUUCAAGUAAGAAAUUUCUUGUUAGCAAUUUUAAUUAUUAUAAAUUUGUUGAGGGUCGAUCCAUUAUGGAUCAAUUUCAUGAAUUGCAACGUAUCUAUGGUAGUCUAGAACAACAUGGGAUAACUAUGAAUGAGUUGUUUGUUGUUUCUAGUAUUAUUGACAAAUUACCCCCUAGUUGGAAAAAUGUUAAACAUGAUUUGAAACACAAAAAGGAGGACAUGACAUUGUCUGGUUUGGCCACCCAUCUUCAAAUUGAAGAAGGGAUUUGA